AUGCUUUCGCAUUUUGGCUCCUUCGCACCCCUCAAUCGGGCCAUGGAUCAGUUUCAAACAGUCCUCCACUCAAGGCGUGAAUCCUUCACCUGUGCAGCCUUGGGCAUCAAUGCCUGCCCUAAGGCAGCCCUGGCAGAAGCGCCCGUGGUCAGGCCUCUGAUCGAUGUGGUGAUCGUGCGGUGCAAGGAAGAUGUAAGCUGGGUCCUCGAUUGGCUAGCCAGAGUGCUCCGGGACGAGUGGACGCCUGAAGUGGCAGGCCUCCAGAUGAGGCUUCUGGUCUAUGAGAAGUGCUUCUCAACUCAGACCUCAGAAGCUGAAGCCAUGACUGGCCAUCAGCUCAUCGACCAACUCCUGGGUUUGGGCGCUCUACACCCAGGCAGCAUGGUCAUCUCUCUUGCAGAGCCAGUAGGCUUCGAGAAUGUGGCAUAUGUGCACUACUGCAUGUCGUCGCAGUGGAGAGACUCCGACUUUGUGGUUUUCCUACACGGCUAUCCUUUCGAUCACACCAAUGAGAAGAUGCUCGAUGAUCUCCUGAGGUCAAUGGCGCAGGGCACCUAUUCG